UCCAAAGGUAGCUUGUUCCAUUAAUUUAAGCACACUUUGCGACCCAGCCACCCUCCUUCAUCUUCUUCCACAUUGCCGUUUCACCUUCAACGUCGUCGUUUAACACCAUCAAAUAACGCGUAACAACACCUUCGAAUCCGAUCCAUCAUCCUCCGAAUCAAAUUCCUCCAUUGUUCAAUCAAUUAUGAUCUCGCAUGUUAAUCCGUAAUCAAUCGCUGUGUACAUACACGUUUUCUUGCCAUGUCCGUUCAACAUCUGCCAAAUUCUAGGGUUUCUCGCCUCUUCCUAAUCUCCUUCAUAAUUUUCUUAACCUAUCUCCCAGGUUUGGUGUUAUCUGCGGUGGUGACGCUAAGUUCCAUUGAGAUCUUCACAACCCAUGAGUGGCUGAGAGCCACUCCAACUGUCUAUUUUCGAUGCACCGGGGAUAACAAGACGUUUUUACCUGAUGUCAAGAAAAAGCAUGUUCUUUAUGCUUUUAAAGGAGAAGAGUCUUGGCAGCCUAUGACUGAAUUUAUAGGUAGAAAAUGCAAGCGAUGCGGAUUCUAUGAGAAAGACAGCAUUCUUAAUGAUGAUGAAUUUGAUGAGUGGGAGCUGUGUCCUUCUGAUUUUACCGCACCUAUUGGCAGUUAUGUUCACUUCAAGGAAAAAGAAUUUAAUGCUACUUUUCUGUGCCCUGCAUGCCUACUUUUUUCUAAUAAUGUUACUAUGGCCGCACCUGAGGGGGAUCAUAAAGAAAAAGGAAAACAUGUAGGAGUUAUCAUUUUGAUUGUCAUUUUGGUCUCAGCCGUGCUGGUUGUGGUAGCCAUGGGUGCAUAUAAAUACUGGCAAAAGAGGAAGAGAGAACAGGAUCAGGCCCGAUUUUUGAAGUUGUUUGAUGAAGGAGAUGACAUUGAGGAUGAGCUCGGCCUUGGCCCAAUGCUAUGAUAGGUUAACGAAUUUCCUUCUGUACAGUAGGUUUUCCUCACAAUUUUGAUUUGGCUUUCAUGUUUCACCGGAAGAGAUAGUUCAUAGUUACUAUUUAUAUCCAUCUGUACAGACUCUACACAUAUUUUAUAUGACUGUUCGAUACUUUAUCUGACAGAAUUGCUCAAACAAUGAAGAAUUUUAUUUA